AUGUCUGACCCUAGAGUAGCUAAUUUCGAUGAGGCAUUUACAACUACCGAUUCACGUCCCAACAGUCAAUUUUUAGAAAGUUUUGAAAAAUUAGAUCUUAGUGCGAAAGGACGUUUGGAACUCGUUGAAGGUGAAUUGUUCAGCUCACGUCCUAAUAGCCAAUUUAUAGAAAAUUUCGGAUCUGAACUCAAUGAAGACGAAUUAUCUUUCGAAACUGUCACAAAAAGUGAAAGAAGUUAUUUAAGGCACAUUGAAGAUGAAACCAUUGAUAUUGUCACAAAAAGUGAUAAAGCUAGUGAGUCUGAAUCUUUAAGAGAAUCCUUAAGAUGUGUUGAAGAUGAAGUCGCAGGUACCGUCACAAAAACAGAAACAAAAUCUUUUAGUCACGUUGAAGAUGAAACAGAAGGUACUGUCACAAAAAGCGACACAGCUAGUGAAAGAGUAUCUUUGAGUCACGUUGAAGAUGAGACUGUGGGUACUAUCAUUGCUAGUGUUCGAGAAUCUUUAAGAUACGUUGAAGACGAAACUACAAGUACUGUCACAACUAUUAAAACAACUACUAGCACGUUAAUCGAUGAUGUCAAAACUACAAGUUAUAAAAAGAAAGUUAUGGAUAAGCGUGAAAAGGCUAUACUUAGAACACUUGCUAAAAUUGAUCGUUCAAUGGAAGUUGACCUUUGUUACGUUUUAGACUGUACUGGUUUGUACUUCCUAAAUUAA